AUGACCGAUCAAGUUUUCGAACGCUGGCUCCAGAAACCUGGCGAUUCAACCUUGGUUCUGCAGCUCGAGCCCAACCCUUUGGGCGCAGUGUUGCGCACACUUCGGACCCGGACCCGAGAGCUCAGAACUUCCCUGAGCUGUGUGGACCACGUCCUCCGCAGAAAAGCUUUGACAGAGACUAACAAAUCCUGUAUCUUUCACCGGGACUUUAUAUGCUUGGAUUUCAGCAUGAAGGAUGGACCAUUGAAGCAAGCCCUGAAGGACGGCACGGUGCAGUUCCAUGAGCACCCGUACAAGCACUACACAGCUGCCGUGGAUUUUGCCAAGCUGGAGCCAUCCGAGCUGCAGCUGCACAGGAUGCGCCUGUCAAUGACUGAGUCGGGUGAAGCUGCAACCAAGGUCGGCUCCGUGGUGACUGAAGAGUCUGUGUGGUCAUUCUAUGUCCCCCUGCCUCACCAGUACCCUCCAGCAGAGGCAGAUGCAGCGUCAUGGGCGGAUCCAGACUUUCACCAGACCUAUUAUCAAAAAUUGUGGAACUUGACUACAAAGCAGGCAGCCAUCCAGGCCGGGAAGCGAUGGACAGGGCCAUCUUUGGGCGUUCCAGCUUUUGAAGACCGCUUUGCAGCGGUGCUGAUGGGUGCUUUGACAUCUGAGACUUCCAACUGCAAGAUCGUCCAUUUCAAGUUGCAAGCUAGCGAUGCGUCCGCCGGGAUGGCCCACAUGGAUGCUGUAGCAGAACUUUGGUGGCCCAAGGACGUGAAAUCUUUGCUGCACCGCAUGGAGUGGUCCAUCCAGAAUUGCUCCCUCAUUUUGAUGCCCCUCCCAGGUUUGGUAAGUUUGUCUGACCACCAAGAGCUGAAGUCUGCAGCGUCUGCAAGCGACACUUCUGUCAAGAAGAGGCUUGAGGAUGAAAUCACCAGAGCCAACAAGAAAGCCCGGAGAUUGGAGGGUCUUCUGAAUGGCCUGACCUUUCCAUGA